GGUUUCCCUGACAACAGCCUUCACUGCGCCGGGCAGCCUGAGCACCCCAUUCCCACAACCACCCUCCCUCUGCUCCCCUUCCCGGGUCCUGAUGUCCCGCGGCUGCAGUCUCAGGAGCCGGUAUUUCUGUACCGCUAGCCGGGGCCUGGAGCAGCUGCUGAGGGAGGAGGUUCACCGCAAACUGUCCGCUUCUGAGGUGGAGCAGGUAUCAGGAAAAGUGUUCUUUACAGCAGAUGCAGAUUUGAAAAAGCUGAAGAGCUUGAAAUGCGCAGAGCGAUUAUUUUUACUUGUGAAAAAGCUCCCCCCAAUCCAGAUGCCAAGACAUAAAGGAAAAGGAGUUCACGUUCUCCAGAAGUAUGUGAUUGGAGAAUCUAGUAAAUGGUUGGAUGUUGUUGCCAAAUGGCGGACUCUUCAGGAUUUUAGCAGAGAGCAAGAAUGCACUUCAGAUAUUACUGAAACUGGGAUAAAAAGGCCAACACAGCAAGAGAGCAGUGAAAAGAGAAAAAGACCAAAGUUAGAGCUGGAUGAACCUCCAACAAUAGUCUUUAAUGAAAGUGCAGCCAGGCAAGAUGAUCUUCAUCCAGUAAUUCGAGGAAGCUGCCAGGAAAAGGCACCAAUACAGACACCACCUUCACCUGAUGAGCUGCUUGAUUCCAAGGGCCGAAAUGCUGCAUCUUGUAUGCAUUUUAGAGUGUCUUGUCGCUGCAGUGGGAAACUUGCUAAAAUGUUUACCCCGCAGGAGCUAGGAAGAGCAAUUGGGGUUGCCCUCAGCAGACAAAUGGGCUGGAAAGCAGAAUUGAGAAACCCAGUGCUAGAGGUCUACGUUCAUUUAAAUGACAUUCAUUGUGUGGUUGGGAUUCCUAUUGUAAGACUUCCUUUAGCCAGCAGGGAUUAUAUUAAAAAUGCAGGACUGAGAUCUACAGUGGCUUGGGCUAUGGCAUAUCUUGCUGACAUCAAGGCUGGUUCACUAGUACUCGAUCCAAUGUGUGGAUUAGGAACCAUUUUGCUGGAAGCUGCCAAAGAAUGGCCUAAUGCAUAUUAUCAUGGAAUAGACAAUACCGCCUCACAGUUGCAGAUGGCAUCUGCCAAUGUGUGUUUUGCAAAGUUAACCAGCAACAUUGACUUAAUGAGAGCUUCUGUCACAGAAUUACCUCUGCUUACGGAAAGCAUUGAUGUGGUCAUCUGUGACAUUCCAUUUGGAAAAAAGUUUAAAACUUCCCGGGAUACAAAGACAAUAAUGCCAUACAUUCUCAAAGAGAUGGUGAGGGUGCUUAGUGUCAAUGGAACCCUUGUACUACUACUUAGCCAAGAACUCUCGCUGGAUAUACAGCAAUGGCAGAAACCAAAGAGCCAUCAGAGUAUCAAAGGAAAACCUGAUGCCUGGCAGAACACAGAUGCAACAUCAAAGGAACCAAGUACACAUCCAGAUGAAAAUGCUGACAUGGAGCACAUGUUAGUAGCUGAAACAAAGCAGUCUGAAGUUCAAAGAAAGGUUUUGGCCUCUCUAGUACCAACAGGUAUCUUCCAAGUGAGCCUUGGUGUAACAGAAGCUUCUAUACACAGGUACAAGAAAAUUCCAAUAACAUGAGUAAAUGCAUUGCCAUUCACUGAGAAGGUGUUGAAUCAGCCAUGGACAGUGCAAGAAUUCAAAGUGAAAGCACGUUUUCAGAAAGAUAAAAGUAAUAAAGUAUUGCUGAAAAGGGAAUAGCUUAUAGCUACACCAACAACUAAUUUAAGGUAAUCAGCCAAGCUCAACGUGGCUCAUCUACACUUGCUAGAAGCGACAUACAUUCAUACACAGGGACCUGUUCUCUGCAAACACAAGGAAUAUGUUCAAGCUUUGCACCUCUUUUGAAUUAACAAGGAGCUUGGGGAACCUCUGGUUCCCUGUCACUUUCUCCAUGACAACACCUCAGCCAAUUGGUGUCAACUUGAAAGCAAUCAGCUCCCUUUACUCCUGUGGUACAAGUUAUUAUGAUUAUUUGAAACUUGACACUCUUGCAUUUGUCCUGGUGAGUGCAAGAUGAAAAGCUUCAGCAACAUGUCAUUCUUUUCAGCAAUAUACAAGUUCUGUAGUACCAAGCGACUGUUAAUAAAUUAUUGACACAGUCACAUCAGUCUUUACCCAAUUUUAACUCAGGUAAACGGAGCAGAGUGAAAGCUCAUCAACAUGAGACCUGGGUCAGUAUAGCUCCUCGGCUUUGUUUAAAUACGUUUGGCGCCCCACUCCUACCAAAAAACAGCAUCAGCGAUCUAUGGCCUGCAGGCAAAUGCAACAGGAGGCUGCAGCUGGGACUUUGUGGGAACAGUCCCUGACAAGAUGGCUAAAUGGAUGGCAAUGUGAUGGGUAAAGGAUCACAGUCCGGGGAGAGAAACCUGGUGCAGGGGAAGCCCUUGGUAUCCUUGUGUGGUCCAGACAGGACUACUCCCGGCUCACAAGGAAACUUAAAAAAAAACAUAUCCAUAUACCUUCUUCGCCCUCCUCUGGGCCUGCUGCUCCCCGAUGAGCAGGCACCAAUCUCACGACACUAAGUUAAGUUAGUGUCAGGCUUUGUUUGAUGUCUUCAGACCUUGACUUUUGAAUCUCGUUGAGG